UUCCUCUCGCAACCCCUCCAUUUCAUUGCACACUGCCCACACGCAGACGGUGGCAGUCAGGACGGACAGCUGGCGGGUGGCAAGCAGUCGAACCACGGGCAGCGUGAGCCGUCCGGCCAGCAGCAGCAACAGCUGCAGCAGGAAGCCCCACUGGUCGUGCCGCUCGGCACGACGCCCGCUGUCCCCGGCACGACCGACAGCCUGCUCGGCGACGGCCAGAACGUCGUGUCGCCGUCCGUGAUGGCCAAGUUCCUCGAGGACGAGCUGAAGUCGAGCGACGCGCUGCUCGGCACACCGAUCAAACACUGUGAUACGUGCGUGUGCCCGCAGGGUGGGGGCGGUGCGGUCGAGUCGGCGCGCCUGCACGCGUCCGGCUCGCUGCUGCUGGCCGACCUGCUCGGCAGCGACCAGAAGUACUACAGCGUGGCGACGCAGACGCUCGUGCGCGGGGAGCACGCGAACGGCACCAACACGCUGCUCUGCCUGCGGUGCAGCAGCAACCUGAACUCGCCGUCCCACCACAACAGCCCGUACAUGCUGAAGCUGAUCAAGUCGAGCGACAGCGUCAUCUCGGAAACGAAGAGCAGCGUCUCGGACUACCUGACCACCCCGGACAAGGUUUCGCCGACGACGGCGGUCCGGCCGGGCGGGUCGGCGAACGGUGCCGCCUGUGGCGACAUUGGCACGGGCGGGGAGGGAAGCGAUACGUCCGAUCCGCUCGCACUGCUGGUGGUGCCAACCAAGAAGGACGACCUGAUGGUUAAUCCCAUCCUGGGGCACCAUCGGCUUGCGGUGGAACGGUCCACCGCGCUCUCAGCGAACCAGACCGACCAGCAUCAUCUUCAGCAGCAGCAGCAGCAGCAACACAACAAGCUGGCUGCUGGGAAAGUGCCGACGACCACACAGCAGCACACAAAGAAGCUGCCCGGGGAUGCUGCCUUCAAGCAGAGCAAGCCACCGGUUUGCGGUGGCAGUGGUGGUGCUGGACAAAUGACACCGCAGCUUAGUCGAGCCGAGCCGACGGCAUCGAAGCUUGCGCACGAUUCGCCCUCGUACAUUAUUAAGGACACGGAUCAGAUGAGCGGCAGCCACGCGACGCCGAUCUCCUCGUCCACCGGGAAUGGCGGUGUGGCGGGACCGUCGGGCAAGUACGGCACGUCCGCUAGUGGCAGUGUGGGCAGCGGGCUGUACCAUACCGUCGGCAGCACCAACAGCCUGUGGAGCAGGACGAGCAGCAAGGAUCCGGAGAAGGACGGUGCGAAGAUGUUCGAGAUCUUUAAUCGCAAUCUCAUCAAAACCAUCAAGGCUGAAAAUCCCAAGAUGUCAGGUCCGCGUAUCUGUGCGCUGCGAAUACAGAACGGUUCGAGCAACAUCCUGCUGGACAACCUCGUCGACGACGGUCUCGAAGGGUUGGACUCGAAGCCACCGACCCCGGUCAUGUACACGCGCCGUGCCAAGUUCCUCGACGAGGAGCUGCUGCUAGACGACGAUCCAUCGAUCGGGCUGAACGGUGCGAUCAAAACCACCAACCUGCCGACGGCAACGUCUUCCGGCGAAUCCAUUUCACCGCCCGCUGGCUACACCAAACCCGUGACCACGCCGGUCAAAUCCUCCCAGGCAGCCGGUGGUGCGCUCGGUCCCGCCGGAGACGGUGGACCGGAUGGGCACGGAAGCCUCAUCAGCGGAACGAUUAACCGCGUCGAUGAGGGUGGCGGCGGAGAAGCUGCCAGGGGUCAUGAGGAGGCGGGCGGUGGUAACAAGCAGGUGUGCAAUAUGAGCACCACCACCUCACCCCACUCCUCCGACCGGCUGUGUACGAUCGGGGAGGAGGUGAGCAAUUUGCUGAUCAACACCAAGCUCGGUACGGCCGCGCUGCCCAAACCGCGCCUCGACAUCAACGUCAACAAGCUGGAGGGUAUCGACGUGACGUCCAAGAAGUCCUGCACCCAGUCCAGCUCGAUCUCGAGCGAAAUCGACCUGCAGGAGAGUGCGAUACUGCGCCGCCAGCAGCUGUCCCGGGUCGCCGAGUGGGUGCAGAACAACUCGAAGCUCGGCAAUGCGGCGGAACCGCUCAGCAACACCGAGUCGGACAACGAGCCGACGGCCGGUGGUGCGCUGACGGCGGACAGCUUGAACAACAAUGCUACCGCGCCCGGCCUACCGCCGAAGGCUUCCCGUCCAACCGUGCCGUCCACCGGUGGUAAGCCGGCGGGCUGCGAGGCAAAACCGUCGAUGGGCCGGCUGGGCCACCCGUACGGUCCCCCCGGUACCGGUAGCAGUCUGCUCAAUGGUAACUACGCGAGCGCCGCCACCUUUGGCGGUGGCAUGAACGCCCCCAAGCCGGACCGGGCCAUGACCGCUGGCGCGAAGCACGGGUACAGCAACAAUCUCAACAGCAGCAGCCUUCCGAACGGUACGGCCUCGGCGUCCGGCCUGCUGGACUACAACAGCAAUGCGACGACGGUCGCACCCGGACCCACCAGUGCUGCGCUCGGUGCCAUCCGGAAGGGCAGUACCGUGACGGUGCUGCGGGAUAGUGCGCUUACCGGACAGUGCCUCGCGGGUGACGAGCGCCGGCUGGCGCCCCUGCCCGACCCGGACCCGCACCACCCGGCCGGCAACGACGACGACGACGACGAUAGCAGCAGCGUCGAUCUCGCCCAGAUGGAGUACAACGUGAAGCAGUUUCUGCUGAAGCAGAACGAAUGGUCCACGGUGCGGCGCCAGUCGCUCAUUUCGUCCUCUGCCUCCAGCGUGAAGGGUCGGGGCGGCGACGAACCCGUCCGGCCGGUGCGCGACCCCUGCACGAAGGGGUUGUUUCCCGGGAUGGCGGUAGCGCAGCAGACGCAAGCACCGUACCAGCACCAUACUGGCACAACGGGCGUAGGCGGUAGCAACAUGUACGGCAACAGUCACAAGUACCCGAUCAAUCCACACCGGACGGAAACGAAUCUGUAAAGA